UUUCAAAUUCUUAAUUGUACUCCUAUAGAAUUGUACUCCAAUAGAAAAUAUUUGGAGUAUUAUAAUUUCAAAGUCUUUGUUUGGUAACACAAAAUAAUAUAUACAAUAGAUAUGGAAAAAAUUAACAAAUUUGAAAAUAAAUCAUGCAAAUCCACAACACAAGAAGCGGGUGAGAAAUUCAUAUUUUUGAUGGAGCUAGUUAACGAAUAAUCGAAUAGUAUGAGGCGGGGUUAUGCUCUAACCCGAGCUACUGUUGGCGGAGCAUCCUUGCAGCCCAAGAUCUACUAAGAGCUGGAGUUAGGCGACGAAUUGGAGAUGGGAGGAAAACUCUGAUUUGGGGUCCUCUUUGGAUGGCGAGUCAUGGUAGUUCAGUUGUGGAUUCAUCACCACCACCGUUUAUGCCAAACAUGCCGGUACACUUCCUUAUUGAUGAGGGAAGCAAUUGUUGGAGAAUGGAGGUGGUGCGGCAGUGGUUUCCUCCGACAGUUGCGGACAGAAUUUUGAGAGCCCCUUUCUCUGCUUCACACGAGGAUGGGUGGUUCUGGGCUGGUACUUUGCAUGGAGGCUACAGUGUUAAGGAUGGCUAUAGGAGGCAUGUUGGAGAGGUUGAAGCGGCAGCAAAUGAGGUGAACUGGACACGUUGUUGGCAUAUCCCAGUUGCACCAAAAAUCAAGGUUUGUCUAUGGCGAGCUAUCAAAAAUAUUUUGCCAACCAUCUCUAACCUUAACACUAAGGGACUUAACAUUGUGAAUGUAUGUCCUAUUUGUGGUUUGGGUGAGGAGACGGUUGAGCAUUUAUUCCUUCAAUGUCCUUAUGCAGUGACAAUUUGGGCCCGGUUGGGUUUGCGUGUUAUUCGUGAAGGGAGCACUUCGGCUCAUGCCUGGUUUCGAGAGGUGGUGCAGACAACCUCUCGGUCAGACUUGCAGCGGAGUGCUUCUAGUCGGGUGGUUGGGCUGCCUUUACCAUCUCCUAGGCCGCCCUCUGGUUCCCAGUCCUCUUCCUCCAGUUCUGAGUCAAGUCAGCACCUGGCUUCCCCUAAACAGGUGAAGUCGGUUGACGCUGCCACCUCUUCCCCUUCCUCUUCUGCGGCCUGGACAGUCACUGUAGCCCAGACCAUUGAGGAGGGCUACGUAUGGCUGGAUGACCGGCUGCUCCAAGAGCUCCCAUAUUCCAUGCAAAAAUCUUAGGUGCAUGAGCUACGUAUGCAUCCGGUUCUUCCGGGGCCUCUACAAGCACGGGGUGUCCUAAUAGCUGAUCAACGACAUUGGGACCUUCGGGUUUGAGAGUCGCGGUCUCUAUGGGAUUCUUGUCAGCCGAGUGCAAGACUUUGACCCAAAGAUCUUCUCUCUCUCUGAGCUCCAUGAUGAAGAGCCCGUUCCCCCCUGAAGGGAUUUAGAUUGUAAACACUUUCUCUAUUUUGUAAAACUUUGUAGUUCUUGACAGGCUUGUAAAACUCUUUAUUAUCAUUUGAAUGAAUAUUUUCCUCCAUG